AUGUGGGAAAACCAGCAGUGCUCCUUCAACAUGGGAUUCUUGGAGAUUCGGGUCAUUGGGUUUCUGCCGGACCAGAACAUGGGCUCGCGUAUCGACUUUUCGAUGAAGGCUACGAUGUUUAUCUUGGAAAUUCUCGAGGCAACAAUUACAGUCGUCGUCAUAAGGAUCUCUGCCACAGAAUUACGAACUCUGUUCGGCCCAGACAAGGAUCGGGAAUUUUGGCGGUGGACCUUCAACGAUGUUGCAAAGUUUGAGAUUCCGGCGAUGAUUAAAAAAAUCUGCAAGAUUGCGAAGCAAGAUAAGAUCUGGUACAUCGCGCACAGCCAAGGAACGUUGUUGAUGUUUGUAAACCAAGAAGGCGAAGACCAGGAGACGAAGAAAAGACUUCAUGGAAUCAUUGCUCUCGCUCCGAUUUUGUCAUUGAAAAAUGUCAAGGGCGCCUGGAAAUCUUUGAUCAGUCAUUCAAAAUCAUUUAUGAAAAAUGGAGUCACUCAAAAAUACUUGGAUUGCGAGUUUUUACAGGGAACAAAACUUGCCCGAUAUCUCACUAAAAUCGGCAAAAAUUCUCCAUUGAUUCUGAAAGCAUGGGGUACGGGCAUCGCUCAAGAAUUCGCGUCUCACUAUGUCAACUUCAACCACAGGCGAUAUGUGCAAGAGAGAUUGCCUGUGUUUCUUUCACAUUCUCCUUCUGGAACAAGUCUGAGGAAUGUUGUUCAUUUCGGCCAGAAUAUUGGUAAAAAAAGGAUGGCGAAACUCGACUAUGGACCAAAAGGGAAUCAAUUGGAGUACAACAAGGAUAGUCCUCCUUUCUAUGACUGGUCAAAAAUCGACCUGCCUAUCCAUCUUUUCGUCGGAAGUUCCGAUUGGAUUGCAACCGUUAAAGAUGUUCAGCAAACGCGACCAAAUCUACGAAAUUCUACUUUAACAAUUAUUGAAGACUUCGAUCAUCUCGACUUUAUCUGGGGAAAAACAGCAAAAGAAGAUUUGCAUCCAAAAAUCAUUCAGAUUCUUAAAAAGGGGCCAUUAUAUUAA